AGUCCAGGCUUCUCACAUUGGGUUUACCCCUCCACUAUACCUAAUUUCAAGAUGACCCGAUCUCACAAGGCCAACGACCGUGACCACAAGGGCAUCGCCGAGGGCACCGCCUCUCCUGUCGACCACCUUCCUCGCUUCUUCGCCAAGCACGGCUAUGCCGAUGUCGACCCCAAGAAGAUCAAGAAGGACGGUGGUGGCAAGGGUAACUGGGGUGGUUUUGGCGAUGAGGUAAUGGACGAGGGCUUUUCUUUCACCAACGCCCGUCGUCGUUCCAACAGCUCCUCCUUCUCCCACCACGUCUCCGAAUUCAAGACCAAGUUUGAGGUCAAUGAAGCUGAGCCUGUCUUUGAAGAGUCUCUUCAUGGACCCAUUGACGAGAACGAGGAAGAACUCUCCAAGGAGAAUUCCUCCGAGAGCGGUCGCUCGUCAUCCUAA